AUGCCUUAUCUUUAUUUUAUGCCUGAAUCACCAUUGUAUAUCUAUUCUAAACGACAAUAUGUUCAACUUGAAAGACUUUUACGACGAAUAGCAACUACAAAUAAACGAAAAGAAGAAGAUUGGUAUCCUGUUUAUCAAGAAUUUCUAAAAAAUCAAUCAUCUAAGUCAUUACAUGUUAAUGAAUUAACAUUUUCUCAAAAAGCGCAUAGAAUUGUUACACAUCGACCGACUGUUGUUAAAUUAUUAACAAGCGCAUUAAUUGGUUUUACAACACUGAUGCUUUAUAUAAAAAUAAGUUAUGGCUUAGCUGAAAUGAGUAUUUCACCAUAUUUAGGAAUACUUAUUGGUGCUGCUGUUGAAGCAGCUGGAUAUAUAACAGGUUCUUUACUUAUAUCAACAAGACUUGCUCGGAAAGGUUCAUUUAUUCUUAUGGCAACUCUAACAAUUAUUUCUGUUGUUCUUAUACCAAUUAUUUUGAAACAUAGUCCAAUUGCAACUGUAUUUAUUGCACAAUUUGGAAAAUUUGCCAUAUCAGGUACAAUAAUUGUAUCAUGGAUAUAUGUACCUGAACUUUUUCCAACAUCAAUUCGAGGUAGUGCUAAUGGAUUUUUUAUUGCAUUUAGUCGUAUUGGUGCUAUAAUUGCACCAAUUAUUAAUGCAUCUACUAGUAAUGAAUAUUUGCCUUACACAUUUUAUGUACCAGCAGGUUUAACUGUUAUUGUUGUUUUAUUAACAUUAUUUUUACCAGAAACAAGAUGUAAAGGUAUGGAUGACGAAGAAGAUUAUGCAAUAAAUUGA